AUGUCACACACCCAAGAUCAAUUGCGCAUCCUCAUCGUCGGUAACGGCGGCCGGGAACAUGCCUUCGCCUGGAAACUGAGCCAGUCGCCCCUCGUCAGCGCCGUCUACGUCGCACCUGGGAACGGUGGUACUGGACUUGGUGAUGACAACAAGAUCUACAAUGCCAAUGUCAAGGGCAACGAUUACCCAGGACUUGUGGCUUUUGCUCAGCAGAACGGUGUGAAUUUGGUCGUUCCUGGCCCUGAGGCUCCUCUUGUUGAGGGUAUCCAGGGUUAUUUCCAGGCCGUCGGCAUCAGAUGCUUCGGUCCCUCCAAGGCCACCGCCCGUCUCGAAGGCUCCAAAACUUUCUCGAAGGAUUUCAUGAAGAAACACAACAUCCCCACCGCGCAGUACGGAAACUUCAACGACUACGAGAGCGCACGCCAGUACCUCGACUCCGUGGACCACCAGGUCGUCAUUAAGGCCGAUGGUUUGGCUGGGGGCAAGGGUGUCAUCAUCCCCACAACCAAGGAGGAGGCCCACCAGGCUCUCCGGGAGAUGAUGGUUGACCUCCAGUUCGGCGAGGCAGGAAACGAAGUUGUCAUUGAAGAGUACCUCGAGGGUGACGAGCUCAGUGUCCUCACCUUCAGUGACGGCUACACAAUCCGAUCUCUCCCUCCUGCUCAGGACCACAAGCGGAUCUUCGACGGUGACCAGGGCCCCAACACCGGUGGCAUGGGCUGCUACGCUCCUACACCCAUUGGCACCAAGGAGGUCCUUGAGGAGAUCGACCGCACCAUUGUGCAGCCUUCCAUCGACGGAAUGAGAAAAGACGGCUACCCCUUCGUUGGUAUCCUCUUCACUGGUCUCAUGAUGACCAAGACCGGCCCCAAGGUGCUCGAAUACAACGUCCGCGGCGGAGACCCCGAGACCCAGACCCUCCUCCCCCUGCUCAGCGACGACACCGACCUGGCCCAGAUCAUGGUCGCCUGUGCUGAGCACUGGCUGGACGGAGUCUCGAUCAACGUCAAGCCCAACUUCUCCACAACCGUUAUCGCCGUGGCCGGCGGCUACCCUAACUCGUACGCCAAGGGCAAGGCCAUCACCCUCGACCCCACCCCCGAGGGCACCCUGAUCUUCCACGCCGGCACAACCCUCGCUGGCAACCAACUCCAAACCUCCGGCGGGCGUGUCAUCGCCGCCACAGCCACCGCCUCCUCCCUCGAAGAAGCAGUCCGCAAGAGCUACGAGGGCAUCGCCACCAUCCACUUCGAGGACAUGUUCUACCGCAAAGACAUCGCCCACCGCGCCUUCCGCCAGCGGGACGCCGUCGUCUCCCACCAGCAAUCCCUCACCUACGCCUCCGCCGGCGUCUCCAUCGACGCAGGCAACGACCUCGUCAACCAGAUCAAAUCCUCCGUCGCCCGCACCAAGCGCCCCGGCACCGACGCCGUCAUCGGCGGCUUUGGCGGCCUUUUCUCCCUCCCGUCUGCAAACUCGUCCUACCACCCGCACUCGCCCACCCUCAUCGGCGCUAUCGACGGCGUCGGCACAAAGCUCAAGAUCGCCCACGCCGUCGGCGCCCACGACACCGUCGGCAUCGACCUCGUCGCCAUGAACGUCAACGACCUCGUCGUCCAGGGCGCUGAGCCCCUCUUCUUCCUCGACUGCUACUCCUGCGGCAAACUCGACGUCAGCAUGGCCUCGCAGUUCGUCAUCGGUGUCGCGGAGGGCUGCGUCCGCGCGGGCUGCGCCCUGAUCGGCGGCGAGACAGCCGAAAUGCCAGGCCUCUUCGUCGGCAACACGUACGACGCCGUCGGCGCCGCCGUCGGCGCAAUCAACACUUCCGGCCCCAACGCCCGCCCUAUCCUACCGGAAACCUCCACGAUGAAAGAAGGCGACGUGCUACUCGCCCUGGCCUCCUCGGGCCCGCAUUCAAACGGCUACUCGCUCGUCCGCAAGAUCGUCGAGCGCUCGGGGCUCAAUUACACCGACCCAGCCCCCUGGAACAAAGACGAGACACUGGGCCGCGCCCUCCUCACCCCGACUCGCAUCUAUGUGAAAUCCAUCCUGAAAGCACUCUCCUCGUCGCCCGCCAGCAGCGCCUCCAACUCGUCCUCCGCGAUCAAGGGCCUGGCACACAUCACGGGCGGUGGACUCGUCGACAACGUCCCACGUAUGCUCCCCUCGACGCUGACCGCGCACAUCGAUGUGGGGUCCUGGAGCCAGCCACCUGUGUUUGAGUGGUUGCAGAAGAACGGGAAUGUUGAUGCGGCUGAGAUGGCGCGCGCGUUUAACUGUGGUGUUGGUAUGGUUGUUGUUGUUGAGAAGGGGUCUGAGGGUGUUGUUAAGGGGCUGUUUGAGAGUGAGGGCGAGACGGUUUACCAGGUUGGUGAGCUUAGGGCUAAGAAGGCGGAUGAGGAGGGGUGUGUGUUGAGUGGGUUAGAGACCUGGAAUUAG